AUGGCAAGUGCCGCGACAAUGGUAUCUAGCGAUCCCAAGAUUUGGGUAGUCGAUGACUGCCUUCCAGUGGAGUUUGUGGCGAUGGUCAACAAUGCGUUUGAGGAUGGAACUGCUCAAUGCCAAGUGGUAAAGAAGCCAAAUGGUCGUGAGCUGUUGGCGAGAAACAUCGACUUUGAUGUCAAACAUGAGCUUUGCCAGGAAGUCUUUGGGAGGAUCUCAGACCUUUGCGGCAUCCCCGCGGCCAUGCCAUUCAGCCAUUUCAUGGUUUCAGAGGUCUGGGCGAGCGGCCAGGAUGCUCACCUGGACCAUGUGAAUGUGGAUGAUGUCAAUGCAGAGAAGCUCUGCUUUCUUGACCUCACACGACAGAGCUCCUGUGAGGCUGAUCCCAGAAGAGUCGUCCCAACGGUUUCCAUUGCACUUUACUUUAACGCUGUCGGAGGCAUUCGUUUCCCCUCAGCCAGCUGCGCGCAGACUAUUGCAGCCAAAGCGGGCCGCAUGGUUAUUUUCCAAAACUACGAUGAUGAAGCAAGGCCGUCUCACAAGGAUUCCGCUGCCCACUACGGAGUCUAUUUCGAGAAGUUGCCCAGACGGGUCCUCAUCAUGGGCAUCCUUGCCAAUGAAACACCGCAGUUCACAGCAGAUCCGAGGCAAAGAGGUGCAAAGACAGAGGCUCUGAUCUACUGCGCCGGUACCAAACGAGAUCCCUUGUAUCAUGACAAUCCCUCAUAUGAUACUUACAAGACUCCCGAGCAGAUUGCGGAGAGGCUGAGGGCAGACCAAAAAGAAGAGGAAUUCCUUCGUCGUCAAGAGCAGCAGACGAGGAAGCCUCUGAAGUUAGACAUGAUCGUCACCCUGGAUAUACAACGCAAGGAUGGCUUCUGCAGCGUUGAAGGAAGAAACCUGCAUGGAACGUUGCUGUGCAAUCUCAGCUGCUCCCAGGCCAUGACGGUGAAUGAGUUGCGCGGUCAGGUGAAACAGGAAGCAGACCCAGACGACCUCACCAACCUCAUGUUGUGCCUCCCGGACGGGCAGCUCUUGACCCAGGAGCAUGACGGAACUAUGCUCGCACGUUGGUCAGUGGAAAGCCAGCCGGUCGAGGCACCGCCCGAAGCGCGGUUAGAGAUGAACAACCUGUACGGAAGUUUUCUCAAGGCCCUCUAUACCAUGUUUGAGGUCACGCAUAGCGGAAGCUGGCCUACAGUGGUGCGGCCGGUUCUGGAGAAAGUGGAUCCAUGGUAUGCGCUCUUCUUCCUCACCUACAUCACCCUAGUGGUCUUUGCAGUCAUCCGCGUCGUGACCGCGCUCUUUCUGAAGGAAACAUUGGCCAGCGCAGAGAACGACGCCGACAUGGCAAUGGAGAACUCCAGACGUGUGGCUGGAGAGACUCACAGGAAGCUAGAGGAUUUGUUCGUGGCCGCCGACGAGGAUGGCGACGGAAGCCUCUCCCCCGAGGAGUUUGUGACGGCGAUGAGCCUGCCGAGCGUGCAACGAUUCCUGAACUCUUUGGACGUUAGCAUCAGGGACUGCGGCCCUUUGUUUGACAUCCUGGAUGAUGGAGACGGAGUGAUCACCAUCACGGAGUUUUGCAAGGGCUUGAUGCAGCUCAAGGGCCAGGCGCGCGCUAUCGACCUCGUCGUCCUGCAGCACGAGAACAAGAAGCUGCUCCGCGAGUGCGAGAGGAUCAACAAGACGCUUCACACCCUGACGAAGGCCAUGAAAGUUCCGGCGAUGCAGAGAUCGGAGUCGCAACUGCAGUACUCGCGGCUGGCCUGA